UCAGUGAUUUAACACCUAAAUUGACUUUAAAAAGAAAUAUCUUGUAUUUAAUGGAAAUUUGUAAGCGCAUCACUAUUUUGAAUAUUAGAUUUAGAUUCUGUUUGAAUUAUUAAUUAUAAAAAUUAAGCAUGUUUAAUUUAUUUUUGCAUAAAAUAAGCAAUAAAACGCAUUCAUACGAAAUCACAUUUAUAUAUUAAACGUCAUAGGACGACACAUAUAAAACUGUGUAACAGUAAAAAAACGCAACGAAAUCACAUUGUGUUAUAAAAAAAUAAAAUGUUCUAAAGUGUCAUUUGUACUAAUUUAUAUAUUUAUCAAACGUACGGCACAUUUUUUACAAUAUUAACAAAUCAUUAUGGACGGCCAAGGUCCAAUAUUUACGGGGCAAGAUUUACCACCUUUACGAAGACCAAAUAUUAGUAUGGAAGAAACAGAAACAGAUUUACAUAAAAAUAAUGAGAUUAAUUCAACUGACAGUAUAGUGUCAAAAAGUAAAUUAUCAGCAGAAGCAAAGGAAUUUGUCCCAAAAGGAAUUUAUAGUCCAAUUCCAACCAACAACAAAUCUGUACAAAAUCGUUUAGAACGUUCAAGAUCUCAACAACAAGCACCUCAAUCAAAUAAUAUUAUUACAGCACCUCAACUUCCUUCAGAUAUUAAUAAUGGUUCUAAUUUCAAUGAUUAUUUCAAUGAACUAGAACAUUUACGUGAAGUGAUUGUAUUACUAACAUCAAAUCCUGGUAAAUUUGAUGAAAAAGUACCUGCUUUGUUGGAUAACUUACGAACAUGUUUGGAUGAUAGUCAAAUGAUGGAUGCAGUGGUUCAAUGUAUUGUCGAUCAAGCAAUUGCUGAACAUAAUUUUGGAUAUUCGGGUGCUCGAUUAUUUGUUAUUUUGAACGCUUAUUCAUCACAAAUGCGAUUAUGCUUAAUGAAUUAUUGCGAUAGUAUUGAAUUCACAGCCCCACAUAGUGACAAAGCACGAAAUUAUACAUUAUUCUUAGCUGAACUUUUUUCACAAUUGGAUUGGGAAGAAGCAUUUGGCGAAUAUUUGUUAAAAAUGUUACAAGUUUUACUUACAUUUGACGGUCCUGAUGAUAUUAAAUGCAUUUGUCAAGUACUCAAAUUGACAGGUAUGUCUUUGGAAGCAUUGAAAUUCGAUGCAGUAUUAAGUAUAGUGAAUCGAUUACAAGACCGAUUGCCUGAUUUACCAACAUCAUGCGCAAAUUUAUUAAAAAAUGUCUUAGAAUUACGUGCCGCACAAUGGGGUCGAAAUAAUAUGCAUCAACCAUCAACAAUACCAAUAACACAUUCCGUACAAUCUGAUUAUCCACCGGAGUCACCGUUUGUACAACGUUGGUCAGAUGGUGGUCCAGUUUUUUAUGGACCCGAUGGUCUCGAAUUAUCUGCUGAAGAGAACGCAUUUUUAACGGAUGUUGCUGAUGAAAUAUCACAUGAUGAUUCCGAUCCAGAUGGAUUAUGGGAUCCUGAUCCUGAAAUGGAUGAAGAAAUGCGAGCAGCUUUUAAAGAAUUUGUUGCUAUGGGCAAAAAGUAGUUAUUUAUAUAAAAUAGAUUGUAGAGUAAAAAAAAAACACGUUUUUUUUAAUUAUUAUUUUGAUAAAUUAUUUUUCUUUUUGUACAAUUUAAUGUUUUGGUUUAGGAAAUUUCUUAGGAUGUUCUUGUGGCGUGACUGAAGAAUUCAUUACACAUAUUAUUAUAGCAUAAAAUACU